AUGGUUGCCAUCAACAAGAUUUUCUGUGCUUCCCUGCUCGUUGCCGCCCCAGCUUUUGCUGCUGCCCUGCCUGAAGCCCAGGCCCAGGCUGACCUCUCCAAAUACAAGGACAAGCUCGGAAAAUUGAAGGAGAAAUUUAAGGGCGGCGAAGACGAGGACUGCGACAGUUCCACCAAGACCACCCUGGAGACCUCGACCACGUCUGACUGUGACACUGCCACCAAGACCACCGAGAUCAUCACCUCCACCUCGUCCUCCGACUGUGACACUGCAACCAAGACGACUGCGUCGUCCAGCUUUGUCACUGUCAGCUCUUCCUCGGACUGCGAUACUGCUACCAAGUCUCUCCUCUAA